GAUACUAGAGAUCCUGCGCGUAGUUUGGAAUGUACGGUACUCAACAGGGCGACUGCAUAUUUAUUAUAUUCUAUCGGUUUCAACAUAUGAUCACCAGUGUUACUUAUAAUGGUUGAAUAUUACUGAAUCUUGAUACAAGAUUUACUAAUUUGGGUGGAUUUUUGGAAAAUAAUCCUUAGUCUUGUAAAUCGACACAACAUAAAAUGAUAUGUCACCAUGAUUCAUGCAGUUCUACGAAUUAUAAAGAUUGAAAUGCACAUCUCAUAGAAUAUUCGAUUUUCAAUUCAUACAUUCGUUUCACUUAGCAAUUAUAUUCUAGGAUCAUUAGUAUUAUUUUGAAAAACGGAUAAAAAUUACCUGUGUUCAAGUACAAAUUUCAUAAUUAUGUAUUCAUACAUAUACCCAUAUAUAUAUGUUUAUUUAUGCACUAAUGCUUUAUGAAAGUAAAAAAUGAAUAAUGGACGAUUAUCAACAGUUAAAAAGUAAAUAUGAAAGAUUAUGUGUGGAGUUCAAAAAGCUUCGUACAAAGUACAAAACGUUGAAAGACAAUGAGAAUGAAUUGCACCAACAACUACAAGAGAAACUAUUACAAAAAGAUUUAUAUAUUGAAAAAUUAAAACAAGAAAUUGAACAAAUAAAAUUAAACAAUCAUAAUAUUUCUAUUAAUGGAAUUACAUAUGAAAAUUCAACUAAAUUAUCAUUAUUACUAAAUAAUAUUAACAAGGAUAAUAAUCAUUCAAGUCUUAUCGAUACUGUCAAUGUAAAUGAAGUGGCAAAGAAAUCUAUCAUUACUCAGGAAGUAAAUAAUAAUUUGCAUCAAACGACACUACCAGAUGCUUCUUAUGCACCUAUCCAUAUAACAAAACAUAAUUCAUUUCCCAUGGUAACUAAUGAUAAUUCAACAAAUUCGAUUCUAUCAUCUCCCACUGAUAUUUGUCAUAAUAUUAUUGUGGAUACCUAUAAUAAAUUAUCCAGUUUAAAUUUACUUCCAUCUAAAUCUUUAUUAUCAUCGUUAUCAUCAAAAUUACCAUCUUCAUCUUCAUCACCGUUUCUAUCUGAAGAUACAUUAAUGAUAACAAAUACAACAAUAACUAUUCCUGCAACUUCUACUCCAAAUACUGCUACUACUACUUCUACUUCUACUCCUAGUACUACUACUUCUGUUUCUACUCCCAGUACUACUACUAUUCCUAGUACUACUACUACUUCUACUCCUAGUACUUCUACUACUUCUGCUUCUACUCCUAGUACUACUACUACUUCUGCUUCUACUCCCAGUACUACUACUAUUCCUAGUACUACUACUUCUACUCCUAGUACUACUACUACUUCUACUUCUACUCCUAGUACUACUACUACUACUAAUUCUGCUUCUACUCCCAGUACUACUAUUCCUAGUACUACUACUACUUCUACUCCCAGUACUACUACUAUUCCUAGUACUACUACUUCUACUUCUACUCCUAGUACUACUACUACUUCUGCUUCUACUCCCAGUACUACUAAUUCUACUCCUAAUACUACUACUACUACUACUUCUACUUCUGCUACUAGUACUACUACUACUACUACCCUUAAUCUUCCAUCUUCCUAUGAUCAAGAUUGGACAUUCAUUGUAAAUACAGAAGAGAAAUUAAUUGAACAAUUUGUACAAUUAUUAAAUAAUUGGAUCAAUUCAAUGAAAACAAAUCAAAAUUUAUCAUUCAUAAAUAAAGAAAAAUUAGAUCAUAUUCUUAUGAAUCGUAUUACACAACUAGAAAGUCAAUUAUGUGAAAUUUCAUUACAAUAUCAAUUGGAACGUAAACGUCGAUUAAAAGAACAAUCAUCAGAAACAAAAGACGACGCUAAGCCUAUUGUUCACAAUAGUCAGGUGAGUGAUUCAAACGAUCCUGAGCAAUUAUCUAAUAGUAAUAAUGGAAAAUCUGAUGAAACUUCUAAUCCACAUAAAGUAAUAAUGAAACGUUUACAUAAAGCUAUUGAAGAAUCAAUUUAUUUCGCUUCAAGAGCUAAUCUCUUACAGGAUGAAUUAGAAUCUCUUAUCCCAUGGAUAUUACAACUUCUUCAUUUACAUCAAAAACAACAAUAUGAAAUAAAAACAAUGAAACAAUAUAAUGAACAAUUAAAACAACAAUUAGAAUUAAUUAAAAUAAAUACAAUUAAACAAAUUAAUGAAAUGGCUAAACAUAUAAAUAAUUUAACAGAAGAAUUACAAACAAUUCGAUUAAAUUCAUUCACAAAUUAUCAUUCUCAUAAUAGUUUUAAUAAAGAACAACAACAAUCAAAUUGUUUAUCACUUCAUUCAAAUGAUAAUCAAGUUAAGAAAAAUACAUUAUUUAAUGUAUUGAAAAAAUGAUCUGUUGUGUAUAUAUAUACCUUCCAUAUUGCCUCCAUUGAUUUUGCCAACUUAUGUAAUCAUCAUAAAUAUCAAUCAAAUUUCAAUUGAUUAUAUCCUAAUAUGUAUAUUAACUUAUAUCAUUAUGAUGAUUAGAUUUUCUUUUCUUUUUUCUGUUUAUUUCUUUUCUUAUCUCUAUUGUACUAUCUGUAAAAAGGGAUUGGAUUCAUUGUGUAUAUGUGUGUAGGUACUAUGAACCCCUAUUUUAUUGAUUAUUGAUUAUGUAACAUUAAGUUCUUUUUUUCUAUUGUUUUCAUUUAGAUAAACAAAUCAUUGUAUAAAAAAAACAACAACAGAUUUUUCCGUUUUUCUAUAAUCAUGUUUUUGAUUAACAAUAUUUAAAUAGUAUUAAGAGAGAGAGAGAGAGUGGGGGGACUUCUUUAAAAAAUUAAAAAAACACAUUUUUCUCGUUGCCAAGUUUUGUUUCUAUUUAAAAAUAUGAUUCUGAUAUGUAUUGAUUAGUAGGAUUAAUUUUGUUUAUCAUUUUUAUUCUAAAAAAUAUACGAUUUUU